CAUUUUGUAAGUUUGAUUAUUCGUAUUGUAACAACAAUCUACUUUUACAUUUAAAAUUCUCCUUUAAGACAAGACUUAAUGAAGGCUUUUCUGCUUGUUGUUGCUUUUCUUGAAAGCAUCCUUGGCGCAGAAGAACAUGCAUAUCAGCAGUUUAUUGAGUGCUCCAAUAGUGAAGGUCAAGUUCCUUUAUGGAACUAUGGGUAUGAUGGCAAAGACAUAAUGCAUAUGGAUUUAGUGAAUGAAGCUGUGGUUGCUACCAGUAAACCAGGUCAGCGUUUAGCAGAGGAGAGAAAAAGCAGGGAAUACAUUAAGAGAAAAGAAGACAAACUAAAAAUGGUGUGCUCUGCUGUGAAAACUGUUUUCCUGAUGUCCAACAACUCUCUCUCCAAGGCAGCAAAGCCAACAGUGUUUCUAUCUUCUGGAGGAAAUAAAGAACAAGAAUAUCUUAAAUGUGUUGUGCAUGGCUUCUAUCCAAACGUCAUCCGAGUGCGUUGGAGUUGGACCCAAACAGGAAGACACAUUUAUUAUGGCGUUUCAACUACUGGAAUACUCCCUCACAGAGAUGGCAAAUUCCAGAUAACUUCAUUUCUUAGCCUGGCUAACAUUAGUGACCACAGAGUUACCUGUGAGAUUGAACACUUAAGCAUCAGUGGAAAACUGAGUAUACCUUAUGAGAAGAAAGAAUUCACCGAACAUGUACCUUUGGCAGUGACUUGCUUUCUGCUUGGGUUUGCAUUAUUCACAUGCAUACCUCUUCUGAUUAGGUGCAUAUGGCAACAUACAAGAAAACCACCUAUAGAUGAGAGAAAUGACACAAGUGCUGAUUCAGAAACAUCUAUCAAUUUGAUGAAUGUCUCACAGGAAACAUGAAGAAUUAAAGAUGAGCAUGGACUUUACAAAUCAUAUAUUUAUUUUACUGUUGAAACUUUCUUCUGUGUGUACAGUUGUAUAUAACUUGCAUAACUAAUAAAUGUAUAUGCUGAAUAUUAUA